GCGGCGGCGGCGGCGGCGGCGGGCGGGCGAGCGCGGGUCGCAUUUCCGCCUCUGGCGAAUGGCUCCGCUGUAGCGCGCGCCGCGGGCUUCGCUGCGACCCCAGCCCCGCCCCCCGGACCCCAGCCAUGGACGACUUGUUCCCCCUCAUCUUCCCCCCAGAGCCAGCCCAGGCUUCUGGCCCCUAUGUGGAGAUCAUCGAGCAGCCCAAGCAGCGGGGCAUGCGCUUCCGCUACAAGUGCGAGGGCCGCUCAGCAGGCAGCAUCCCAGGAGAGAGGAGCACAGAUACCACCAAGACCCACCCCACCAUCAAGAUCAAUGGCUACACAGGACCAGGGACAGUUCGCAUCUCCCUGGUCACCAAGGAUCCCCCUCACCGGCCUCACCCCCAUGAGCUGGUGGGGAAGGACUGCCGGGAUGGCUUCUAUGAGGCUGAGCUCUGCCCAGACCGCUGUAUCCACAGCUUCCAGAACCUGGGGAUCCAGUGUGUGAAGAAGCGGGACCUGGAACAGGCCAUCAGCCAGCGCAUCCAGACCAACAACAAUCCCUUCCAAGUUCCCAUAGAAGAGCAGCGUGGGGACUAUGACCUGAAUGCUGUGCGGCUCUGCUUCCAGGUGACAGUGCGGGACCAGUCAGGCAGGCCCCUCCGCCUGCCGCCUGUUCUCUCGAAUCCCAUCUUUGACAACCGUGCCCCCAACACAGCUGAGCUCAAGAUCUGCAGAGUGAACCGAAACUCAGGGAGCUGCCUUGGUGGGGAUGAGAUCUUCCUACUGUGCGACAAAGUGCAGAAAGAGGACAUUGAGGUGUAUUUUACCGGACCAGGCUGGGAGGCCCGAGGCUCCUUUUCCCAAGCUGACGUGCACCGGCAAGUGGCCAUUGUGUUCCGGACACCUCCCUACGCCGACUCCAGCCUGCAGGCCCCUGUGCGAGUCUCCAUGCAGCUUCGGCGGCCUUCUGACAGGGAGCUCAGCGAGCCCAUGGAGUUCCAGUACCUGCCGGACACAGAUGACCGUCACCGAAUUGAGGAGAAGCGCAAAAGGACAUACGAGACCUUCAGGAGCAUCAUGAAGAAGAGUCCUUUCAAUGGACCUACUGAUCCCCGGCCUCCUCCCCGACGCAUUGCUAUGCCUUCUCGAAGUUCAACUUCUGUCCCCAAGCCAGCCCCCCAGCCCUAUGCCUUUACAUCACCCCUCAGCACCAUCAACUUUGAUGAGUUUUCCCCCAUGGUGUUACCUUCUGGGCAGAUCCCAAGCCAGGCCUCAGCCUUAACACCAGCCCCUGUCUCUGUCCUGGCCCAGAACCUGGUCCCUGCCCCCCCCAUGGCACCAACUCUGCCCCAGGCCCCAGCACCAGUCCUAGCCCCAUGCCCUCCCCAAGCUGUGGCCCCACCUGCCCCAAAGACCACUCAGUCCGGGGAAGGUACGCUGUCGGAGGCCCUGCUGCACCUGCAGUUUGAUGCUGAUGAAGACCUGGGGGCCUUGCUUGGCAAUAGCACAGACCCAGCUGUGUUCACAGACCUGGCUUCUGUCGACAACUCAGAGUUUCAGCAGCUGCUGAACCAAGGUGUAUCCAUGCCCCAACCCACAGUUGAGCCCAUGCUGAUGGAGUAUCCUGAAGCUAUAACUCGCCUGGUGACAGGUUCCCAGAGGCCCCCUGAUCCAGCUCCCACCUCCAUGGGAGCUUCAGGGCUCCCCAAUGGCCUCUCGGGGGAUGAAGACUUCUCCUCCAUUGCGGACAUGGACUUCUCAGCCCUUCUGAGUCAGAUCAGCUCUUAAGUGGGUGACACCAGCCCUGCCCAGAGCAUCAGGUUGCAGGGGAUUGAAGCCUUCCCAAAGCACUUAUGGAUUCUGGGGGGCAUGCUCCAUCUUUCCCCAACUUCCCUGGGUGAUGUCUUUCUGGGGAGCACAUUUUAUUCUUUUAUUGGCAGUAUCUAUCUCUCUCUUUGGAGGUGCUUAAGCGAAGCAUUAACUUCUCUGGAAGUGAGGGAGCUGGGAGGACUCAGACUCUUAUCCUCAUGGUCAGUUCCCUUUUAUAUAGGGACCUCUGGGUUCCCCCAUCCCCAUCCUCCAGCUUCUAGCACUCUUCUAGAGAGAGGGGCAGGCUGGAGCCAUGGCCUUUGAGGCCAAAGUCUUACUAUCAAGUGUCUUCCUUAGGUCACAGGUUAGCAUACACCUUGAUGUAAAAUCAUGCCCCUAUGACCAAUUCCUCUGUGGCACUGCCUGACACCAGUGCUUGAGGGGCUGGGUGGCCUUCCUGCCCUGCAGAGAUCUUCGCCAGCUUUCUUUGCUCAGCUGUGGCUGAAGGAAACAGAACCAAACUGGCCCUCUCUGGUAGCCUUAGGGGGUUUGGCCUGCGACUUCCUUGCUCCCUCAUUUCCUCAAGUGCCUUAAUAGAACGAAUUGUUGGGAAAGUGGGAGAGGGCAGGCUAGAAGCUCUCCAAUCAAGAUGCACGGUUUUCAAAGGAGCUUGACUCUUGCUCUUUCCACUCUGAACUAAUAAAUGUGUUACCAAGCUGGCCA